UUCAUCAAAUACCUUAAAAAAAUGUCAGAUUUCGAGCAGUUUCACUUUGACUUUUACCAGUCCAAUUAUACCAUAGAUGACCAGGAAGAAAACCUCAGUGGAAGCAGAAAGAUCCAGACAGAAGAGAAUCCUCCAACUGGUGCUUUUGCCCUAUCAGAAAAGCUUCCCUUCCCUCAGAGUUACACGGGCCAGAUUUUGCAGCCAAUGUACAGCCCUGACACUCUUUCUCAUCUUAGUUAUGCUGAUGGAUUUGACGAGGAACCUCCUUUGCUAGAAGAACUUGGGAUCAAUUUUGAGCAUAUAUGGCAAAAAACAUUAACAGUUCUAAAUCCAAUGAAGCCUGCAGAUGGCAGCAUUAUGAAUGAGACAGACCUCACCGGACCUAUGGUUUUCUGUUUGGCCCUUGGAGCAACAUUGCUGCUGGCAGGAAAAGUUCAUUUUGGCUAUGUGUAUGGCAUGAGUGCCAUUGGGUGCCUUGCUAUACAUGCCCUACUGAACUUGAUGAGCAUCCCAGGAGUCUCGCAUGGCUGUGUUGCAAGUGUCUUGGGCUAUUGCCUGCUGCCCAUGGUGAUCCUGUCCUCUUCUGCAGUCAUCUUCUCGCUACAGGGGACCCUGGGAACUUUGUUAGCUCUGUUUAUUAUUGGAUGGUGCAGUUUGUCAGCCUCCAAAAUUUUUACCUCUGCAUUGGCAAUGGAAGGACAGCAGCUUCUUAUUGCAUACCCAUGUGCUUUACUUUAUGGGCUUUUUGCACUUCUAACAGUUUUCUGAGAUGUAUUUUCUGGUAGCCUUGUUACAGUCUGUUUAUGGUUCUUGG